AUGGUCAAGCACCCCAAUUCCCCUGUCCAUGUUUUAAUGGUAUUUUAUCUGGGAAAUCCUGCUUACGUAAGCGCCCAAUUGACCCCUGCCAAAUUCCCGGGCAAGCAAUUAGUGGGCAAAUUUUCAACGUCGACAAAAAAAUAUAAUUUAAAUGAUGGUAUUUCAAUCAUUCAUAAAUAUCUCAUCUUUUCAAAUGAUCUAUUAAAACAACAAGAUCGUGAUAUUGAAACUGUCACAAAAGUUAAAACUGCCAUUUCAGAAUUGAUUCAAUUAUACACUACAAGAUAUGAAGAUGAAUUUGAUCAAUUAAUUCCACAAUUUGUUCAAAGUACAUGGAAUGUAUUAACCACUACUGGAUUACAAUCAAUUCUUGUAAAAAAAAUCAUCAUUCCAAAUUUAACUGUUAGAGAAUCAGAUGAAGAAUUAUUUGAAGAUGAUCCAAUUGAAUAUAUUAAAAGUGAUUUUGAAGGUUCAGAUCCUGAUACAAGAAGAAGAACUUCAAUUGAUUUCUUAAGAGAAUUGAAAUUUAAAAAUGAACAAUUAGUUACAGAAGUUGUUUUAAGUUAUAUUAAUUUAUAUUAA